AUGAUGACUGGUAAUAGACUAUUAGUCUUUCCCACAUUUCUGCAGAAAAGAAGGUUCCGGAUCCUAAAAACACCGCGUAGAUUGAAUCAGAAAACUGUGAAUUCUCUUGGUGAUCUUGUACCCUUCACCAACAAGUUGUACACUGGAGACCUUCAAAAGCGCGUAGGCAUAAAAGCAGGGAUCUGCAUUUUGAUCCAAAACAAUGCAGAAAAAGGUGGUGAUCGUUAUGAAGCAAUAUACAGUUUUUACUUUGGUGACUAUGGACACAUUGCUGUUCAGGGUCCAUACUUGACCUAUGAAGACACAUGCCUUGCUGUCACACGUGAUUCUGGAAUCUUUGAAGGUGUUUCAGGCCAAGUCAAGCUUCAUCAAAUUGUGUACCCUUUUAAGAUUUUUGUACACUUUAAUUUCUAUCUUAAGGGUAUUAAGGAUUUGCCAAAGGAGCUUAUUGUUGAAACUAUUGAGCCUAAUCCUUCUGUUCAGGCCUCUGAUGCUGCUAAGAAUCUUGAGCCACUUGCUACAGUUCCUCGUUUUAUUGACUGA